ACAACCAAAAAUGCCUCCAGACAUUGCCAAAUAUCCCUUGGGUAAGUGGGUGAGAGGCUUGGGGAUAGGUGGGGUGUACAAAAUUGCCCCUGGUUAAGAAUCACUGCUCAAGACUUAGUCCAUAUUGACAAAAUCCUCUAUUUCUGAAGUAAAAAUGGAUCUUUAAAAUUUAUUGUUAGAUUGGCAAUUAUAUUUCGACCUCUACGACUUAUCAUUCUGAUGAGAGUUUUUUCAUCUGGCUUACCAAAAAAGACAUCUUGAAAUACUGACCAGAAGGAUGGUUUCAGGAAACAAACGGCGAUACAGGAAGGAUGGAUUUGACUUAGACCUCACUUACAUUACUGGGCGUAUUAUUGCCAUGUCAUUCCCAUCUUCUGGAAAACACUCUUUCUAUAGGAAUCCCAUUAAGGAAGUUGUGCGGUUCCUGGAUACCAAGCAUCGAAACCACUACCAAGUCUACAAUCUAUGCAGUACGUACUUAACUAGAUAUUUUCCUACUAUAGAUAGAAAACAAAUCACUGCAUGUAAGAAGACGAUUCAGUUUUUACGUUUCAUUUAGUCAUAAGUAUUUGGUAGUGGUGGGAAGUGAGUUAAAAAAUCUCCAUCUUGCUCUUGGCCCUAUUUGGUGGGAAAAGAUAGCUCAACAGCACGA